AUAUAAAACAUCAAAUUUAUACAAGCAAAGGUUAUAUAAUUAAUCAAGGUAAUUAUAAACAUGGCAAAUUUUGAAAAAUUGAUUACUUUGUUCUUCUUUGCUAUUGUGCUACCUAGCAUUGUCCUAGUAGAUGCCUCUUUUUCCAAAAGCAUGCAUAUUACUUGGGGUGCUCAACAUGCAUUACUUCAGGGUGAUGAUCUCCAACUUGUGUUGGAUAAAUCUUCAGGAUCUGCAGCUCAAACAAAGAAACCGUUCUUAUUUGGAACCUUUGAAUCGCACAUCAAAUUCGUGCCAGGUGAUUCUGCAGGAACAGUUACAGCCUACUAUCUAUCCUCCACAGGAAGUCAACAUGAUGAAAUAGAUUUUGAAUUCUUAGGAAAUAUUUCAGGACAACCUUACAUUAUUCAUACAAAUUUAUUCACACAAGGAAAUGGAAAUAGGGAGGAACAAUUUUACCUUUGGUUUGACCCAAGUGCUGAUUUUCACAACUAUACUAUCCAUUGGAACCCCACUGAAAUUGUGUGGUAUAUUGAUAGCAUACCAAUUAGGGUGUUCAGAAACUAUGAAAAUGAGGGAAUUGCAUACCCAAACAAGCAAGGAAUGAGGGUUUAUACAAGUUUAUGGAAUGCUGGUGAUUGGGCAACAAGAGGUGGACUUAUUAAGACAAAUUGGACUAAUGCACCAUUUAUUGCCAAAUUUAAUCAUUUUAGGGCAAGAGCAUGCAAAUGGCAUGGAGAAGUGAGUAUUAAUCAAUGUGCUUCAAAUAUAGCUUCAAAUUGGUGGACUUCUCCAAUAUACAAACAAUUGAGUUAUGCUCAAUUGGGUCAGAUGAAUUGGGUUAGGGAUAAUUAUAUGAUCUAUAAUUAUUGUAGUGAUACCAAAAGAUUUAAUGGACAAUUGCCUCCUGAAUGUUUUAAGGCACAAUACUAAGAAUGAGAAGAUUAAUGUAUGUUUGAAUUUACGGUGAAAAUAGCACAAUCAUGGUAAGUCAGCCGCUACGAUUUUUAUGGAAAUUAUAC